CUGAUUCAGCUGGGGAUCUGCAGUUUUGACACACUUGGUCAGGAAUUUGUGUGAAGUGACAGAUGCCCGUCGAAGCGACAUGGGUGGUUGCCAUAUUCUCCUUCAAAUUUGGGCAUGGAUACGAUUCCCACCCAUUGCUCCACCCCUUCCUCCUCAUCCACAGCUGGGCACACAUUAUGGAUGCCGGUUUAAUGCUGUACAAAAGUUUAAACCUCAUGAGGUCACCCAUUAUCGGGCAACAUUGGACACACUCUGUAGAGAUGAGGUGGUGUGGCAGCCGUAUAUAGAAUAUGAGUGGCUUGACGUGACUCCAGAGCAGCAGUAUCUGUGGCUAGCUCCCACACCUAUUAUCUACUUCCACACAGUUGAGGCAUGUCAAUCGGAUAGGUGCAUGCGACAGUUUGGUCUUAAUCAACCCAUCCCGGAAAAAUCUAGAAAAUUGAGAGGAAUACAUGAUCAUACUCUACGGGGGAAGGUUGAAGAGAACUGGAGACGUAAGCUGAGGGCUCACAUUGAUCGAUGGAAUACUAGGAUUCAACAUAUUGUACUGCCACCUCCAUUAUAUGGUUUGAUGUCACCUAAUCAUGAGUACAUGGAGUGGUUCAGAGAGAGGGGAAAACGCUACAUAUCACGGAGGGCAGCAAAGAUAGGGCGCAUGAUUGACGGUCUUGAAAUGCUGUAUCAUGCAACAACGGCGGAGGAGUUUCCUCGAUUUGGACUACAGUAUAUCCACGAGGAGAUAGGCCGAAUUAUUGGGAUGUUUCGUGAGAGUUCACGAGUUGAUGAGCCUGGACCUGAGGCACCCCCCGUGCAGACUCAGCCUGAUCCUCGGUUGAUCGUGGAUGUUCCUCGUAAUAGACAGGAUGGACGGGGAUUAGGACGUACACGUGAGAGAGUUGCUGCCGAGCCUGUCCCGAUUAUAGCACCUAGACCAGUGGUCGAGACUCAGGGAUGGUUUAGACUUCCAGCAUUUGGUCCUACUUACGGGUCACAGCCGAUUUAUCAUCACGGAUCGCAGUAUGCGGCAAGUCCUAGUCAGGCGGCGUCUGAGCACCCUUACAUGAGCGGGCAGGAGCCAGUUUUCCAGGCUAGUCCGAUGGCUGUGGCAGGAGCGGAUCUGGCAUCCUCACAGCCUGAUUUCCAGCCCUAUUCACAGGGACUUGAUGCCGAUUACCCCUUUUGGUCUGCAGAGGACACGAUGGAGUUGUAUCGCUCUGUAGGCCUUGUUGCAGAGAGCCAUGACAGUGGGGAGACUCUAGCCACAGAUUCUCACAGUCAGGGACACACCCCUUUUGAUGUGCCGGGCAGCAGUGCAGGACCAUCAGAUGAUUUCAUCCGUGCGGCGAUGGAUGACUUCCACACUCCACCUCCACAGGACCAUCAGGGUAACCCAGUCUGGGACAGAUAG